CUUCCGUUUUUCUGUCUUUUUAUUUAUUUAUAUAUUUUAGUGCUGCUCGACUCCUCCUCGUCGCUCCUCUUCUCGCUGCUAUUGGCCCAGCUGCCCGUCUUCACGUCGGCCUCUCCGGUGCGCCGCUCCAGCGACCUGGACAAGCUGUCCAAUCAGACCAAGAACCUCAUGAAGCUCACCCAGGAGCUGCUGAAGGAGCAUGCGUUUGACUCAGAUGUGGAGUCCCACAGGUUUAGGUCCCUGCCAGAAAUGAGCAACAGAUCAGCCAAUGACCUCACCAAUCUUGAGUUGAAACCCACACUCUCGCAGCUACACGCUGACCUGAAGCUGUAUGAGCAUCACUUUGAGUGGCUGAACCGGGUUUCAAAGAAGCACCACCACCCUGCUGUACCCAAACUGAUGGAGAUGAUCAAAGAAAUGAAAUCCCUCAUCAGUCUGCUGAAUCGUCAGAUGCAGAGAAUUGAAGCACCAAAGCUGACUUCUGCUACGCCUUCCCUGCCUCCUCACCUCCCCUCUCACUUUGACGUCCUGCAGUCCAGCCAUGAGCUUCUCCAACACUUCAAGCUCUUCUGUGAUUGGGCAUAUAGAGCGUUCCUCAGCCUCAAGCCCAAAGCUUCUGCAGUGCAAUGAUCCACACAGUGCGGAGCCCAACAGGAGUCUACGGAGUUGUGCCUUAGUCAAAAAGUGGAAACAGGACCAUGUCAAUGUGCACUGUAGUCGCUUAAGAGGCCCAAAUGUUACUGCCAGUGGCAUGCGUGUUGAAAAAAAGGUGUCUUUCUGUGAGAGCCAGUAAGGAUGGGGCACACUGCAGCAAAGUUUUGACCAUCAAGAAUCCCGUUAAAAUAAACUUUCCGAUCAUUUCACAAUUCUCCAAUCUCCCUCCUAAAGGUCUUGUUCAUUCAGUACUGUUAUUUAUGUAUUUAUUUAUUUAUUGACAUUUAGUAAUUUAUUUAUUAUAUUUAUUUUAAUUUGUAAUGUGUCUCUCUUACCUUUAUUUUCAUACUAACGUGAAUUUAUUUGCCAGCAUUUUUUAUUUGUCUUUUUUGUUUCCUCGAUGAUCUUCAAGAAGAAAACAUAACAAAACCAAACAGAAAAAAAAAAUAUUGAAACAGUAGCACUUCUUUGCCCUUCAUUUGAAUAAUUAUUUUUCUAUAAACUGAUUAAACUUACAUUUCAUUUUU